CCGCCCAUCUUCAACCCGGAAAAAUCCGCGAACGCUCGAAAAAACCGAACGCACAUGUUUUAAAACAGACUAAUUACUGUAAAAACGUUCAAAACCGGAAAACUUUCAUUCAGGGAAGAUUCAGUAAAAUGGAGUUUUCGGUCAGCUAGUGCAUUAGUCGAAGUUUAAUCAAGUUUAAUAAAAACAGUUUAUCCAUGUUAAAACGCAGUUUCAAAAGACACAACAUGCAUAUGGGCAGUGAAGUUUCGUCAACAACCGGUCAUCAUUACGAGAGAUCCUACGGUCAACUGACGGCGGAGAUUCUUGCAGAAAGAACAAUCGACGGUCUGUUGGCUGAACAUCCCGGUGAGCUGGUUCGAACCGGUUCGCCGCACGUGGUUUGCACAGUACUGCCGCCUCAUUGGAGGAGCAACAAGACCCUACCGGUGGCUUUCAAGGUGGUGGCACUUGGUGAUGUCGGUGAUGGAACUGUGGUGACCGUACGAGCUGGCAACGAUGAGAACUACUGCGCCGAGUUGAGAAAUUGCACGGCCAUCAUGAAGAACCAAGUGGCCAAAUUCAACGAUUUAAGAUUUGUGGGAAGAAGUGGACGGGGUAAAAGUUUUUCUCUGACGAUAAUAGUGUCGACAAGUCCUCCUCAAGUAGCAACAUACAGCAAAGCUAUUAAGGUGACUGUGGAUGGACCAAGGGAGCCAAGGUCGAAAACUAGGCAACAGGGUUUCCACCACUUUCCAUUUGGACCGAGACCAUUUGCUCCUGAUCCCUUAACCGGUGGAUUGCCCUUUAAACUUAGCGGCAUUGCCCAUCAUCUAGCUGGUCUGCCUGGGCCUCCGCCGGAGUGGGCCAUGUUGGGCGGGAGGCCCACUUAUCCACACGGGCCUUUUGUACCACAUCAUCACCCCCAUUUUCCUCAUCAUAUGUUUGCCGCUCUAGACCGUCCAGUAAAUACCUCGCCGAGAAUAGCAAACGAACCGUCUUCAACCUCUUUGGGCCCGAUCUCCAUCAACUGCAGCAGCGCGCACUCUACCACCUCCCCCAAGCACUCCCCCGCACAGGUGGGGCUCCUCACCACCGCCGCGGGCGGCCCCCCGUCCCCCCAGGAAGACGACAUCUCAGUAACAGCGUCCCCUCUGCCCUCACCGAAAAGCCAACCGGCAUUCCCAGGGGUGCCAAACCAGCAAAACCAACUUUUCAACAACGCGUUGGCAGCCAGUUUGUUUUUGAAUACUCCCCUAUUGCCAACUCCAAAUCAGUGGUUCUAUUCUCAACUGUAUCCGCACGAUUGGUCCUGGAUGCACUUUAGGAAUCAGGGACUCAUGCCGAAAAUCAGGGAUGAAGUCCAAAAUCCAGAUUCCAGCAGUGAGAAAUUGGAUAUAAUGGAUUUGGAGGAAGACAGCCAAAAAACCAUCAACAUUAAAGACGAUGAUGAUUCUAAAAGUCCAAAACUCGAAACCACAACAACGGAGAACAACAAUAUAGACAUCGAAAAACUGGAAAAUAACAACAAGACUAAACCUGAAGGAAUUAACUUGAGUCUAAAGCUGCGCAAAGCCGCUAUAACUUUAAUAAAACAAAAAGACGAAGUUUCUUCUACAAAUAAAGAUUCACUUAAAAUGUCCAGAAGCAACACUAAUCGAAACUCAGAUGUUUGGAGGCCGUACUAA